GCUUCAACAUAGAGCUGCUAGCAGAAGUCGAAGCAAAAAAUAUUCUGCAGACUGACUGAGCGGCAGGACUGCCCAGCUCAGUAUCUGUCCGGCAGCGCUGGAGCGCUAGCUAGUAGCUGCAGCCGAGAGUAGCACUAGCACUAGCAGAGCAAUAUUAGUUCUAUGAAUGAUUUGUCCUGGUAGAAAGUCUGGGUGUAGAACGGCAGUGUCGUGGCGCUGUGAUCAGUGUCCUCUGGCUGCUGCUCACACUGCUUCUCUAGGAAGUAGGACACCAGCAGCCUAGAAGAAGAAAAAAUGUCGUCGGGACUUCCACCAUCGGUGCUGAAGCAGCUGAGUGACCUGGACCUAGAGUUAGCCGAGGGAGACAUCACACAGAAAGGCUAUGACAAGAAGAAACAAAAACUCCUCGCACCGUAUCAAGCGGCGGCUGCUGUGCACGCUUCUCCUGUAAGCGAUACGAACGAGGGUCAGAAACAUGGCAGCGUGGCGUCCGCAAGAUCAUCGAAUUCUUCUGCUGCUAGCGUUGGUGCUGCUGGCGUAGAUUCUUCAGCAGCCGCUGCCAGGGCCACACAGGAAUCUCCAUAUCGAAUUGACAUGACCCAGUCCCGAGCAGCAGCUGAAAGAGCUGCAGCUGUGCGUCAAGCUUUGGCAAAAUUUCAGGAAUCGCAGGAACCAGUUAUGCCCAUGGCUAGCAAGAGAGCAUCAAUGUCGGUAUCUGGCAGUUCGGCCGCCACCUCGUCAGCAUCAACAGCAGCAGUGUCAGCGAGUGGAGUAGCUGCUGGUCAGUCCUCAGCGUCACGAGCUGCAGCUGCUGCUGCUGCAUCAGUUGGCUUACAGCGAGCUCUAGGUCCUUCAUCUGCCUCCCCCAGUCCUUCUCAGGAGUCACCCCCUCCUGUUCAGCAACAGCAACAGUUCAUGCACCGGACAACACCUACUGCCGGACAACAAGUAUUACCGCAGCAAGUCCCCACCACCAAUGCUGCCGGCCCUGGUAAGGCUGCCACACCACAGUCCUUAGCAGGCCGGCAGCAUCAACCAUCAGUACGGCCGGGUGCAUCCGCUGCACGUGCAGUCGAUAGUGGUGGGAAUAGCGCUGCUUCUGUUGCCGCUGCUGGCAGUGCCGCUGCACAAUCUGCUCCAGUGUAUACGGCUAGUAAUGCACCAGCACCUGGACCUGUUGAUUUGGGAGACACCAAAGUGUCGGCGAAGAUCCAGCAGCUGCUCAACACGUUGCGGCGACCGAAGAAGAAUCGCAAACCAAUAGAGCAAUACUUCGCUGAUGACCAGAAAGAAGAUGCUCCCGCAGACCCCAAUGCGCCAAAACCUGCUGGACCCAUGAUGUCACCAUUUAGCAGCGAGCCACUACAAGUGGACUCCAGCAUGCCGCGCAAUCUAGAGGCUGCUAUUCAGCGCUACGCAUCAAAGAACAAUGGCAAACUUCCUGCCAUUAGCCAAGUUGAGCCGAAUGGAAAGAUUGCACAGGUGCUGUCCUACGGCAAGCUGUCAUCACGUUCCUUGAAGCUGUCCUUCACUCUUCUCAACAAGCUAUCCAACCUGAAAGGUGUUGACUCCAACCUCAAGCCUGGAGAUCGUGUUGCUAUCAUCAUUGGUCACAAUGAGCCAGCCGCCUUUUCAGUGGCUUUCUUUGGCUGCCUGACAGCGUGCGUCGUUCCCGUCGCCAUUGAGCCCCCGUCAUCACGAGAUGAUCCCGGUGGACAGCAAAUUGGAUUUCUACUCGGAUCACUCGGCGUUACUGUUGCCAUAACAACCGAUUCAACGCUACGUGGUCUUCCCAAGGACGAGGGCAGCCAUCACAUUGUUCAGUUCAAGGGAUGGCCUCGUCUGACAUGGCUACCACUCGACAGUGUGUCCAAGCCUCCUAAGGACUGGAACCCACCAUCCAGGUCUCCACCUGAUGCACCGGCGUAUGUUGAGUACACGGUGGAUCGUGACGGUGCAGUCAUGGGUGUAUCUGUGGAGCGUCAAGGGCUGCUUGCACACUGUCGUGCUCUUCUGCAGUCCAUGCAGUACAGAGAAGGCGAGGUCAUCGUUUCGGCUGUAGAGUGUCAUCGACAGGCUGGCUUCUGGAAUGCUAUCUUGGCUGCUACAUAUGCGGGAAUGCAUACCAUCUGCAUUCCGGCCAACCAAGCCAAAAGCAACCCGCUACACUGGCUACACACUAUAUCGAAAACCAAGGCAGCAUUCACCUUGGCAUCAUCUGCAGUUCUGGGUGCUGCCAGUUCACGUCUGCUGAAGGAGCUGCAGAACACCAACCUAGAGAGUCUACACGCACUCAUCAUCUCUGAUGGAACAAGUCCAUGGUGCCUGGGUGCGGCUGAUUCCUUCCAGCAAGCCUUCAGCAGCCGUGGCUUCCAGCCGGAUAUGUUCUGUCCGUGUGCGUGCUCAUCAGAGACCAUGACACUGUCGCUACGCCGUCCAGGUCUGGGUAGCAGAGCUGCAACCGGUCGUGGUAUCAUGAGCAUCUCAGGCAUGUCCUAUGGUGUUGUGCGUGUCGAGGAGCAGAUCUCGCUCAGCUCCGUCACACUGCAGGACCUAGGUGUGGUGCUGCCUGGCUGUCGUGUGGCUGUCGUGCACCACAGAGGUGCACCUGUACUCUGCAAGACGGAUCAAGUCGGUGAAAUCUGCGUCAGUGGCGUCUCAUCCGGCACGCAGUACUGGGGUCUGAGCGGCAAAAGCAACCAUGUAUUCCGUGUACAGCCUGUCAACGAUGCUGGCCAGCUAGUGGGCUCCGAAAUGUAUGUGCGCUCUGGACUUCUCGGCUUCAUCGGUCCGGGCGGCCUCGUCUUUGUCUGUGGAACCAUCAUCGGCUUGAUGGAGCUAUCCGGACGUCGUCACAACGCUGAUGACAUCAUGAGUACGGUGCUAGCUGUUGAGCCUCAGCAGGUUGUACACCGCCAGCGCAUUGCCGUCUUCUCUAUGUCGGUGUACCGUGAAGAGCGUAUUGUGGUUGUUGCUGAACAGCACCCACUAUGCACCGAAGAGGAUGCCUUCCAAUGGAUGACCAAUGUUCUGCCGGCUGUGGAAAGCAUCCAUGCGUCGCAUCUCUACGGCUUAGCUCUCGUCCCGGCAGGUGCUCUUCCCAAGCAUAGUGAUGGCGGUGUUCAUGUCACUGAGGCACGACAACGCUUCAUCGAUGGUUCGCUCAAUCCAACAUCACUGCUCAUGUGCCCGCAUGCUGCCGUGCUCAAUAUUCCCGAGCCUCGCAAAGCUGCUGCGGGCAAUGCUGCUGCUGGUGUGAUGGGCGAUGCCAUUACGGGUAACCGCAUGGCCGUUGCCGUGGGCAAGCAGCUAGAGCCAAUGGGUGACGAGCGCGAUGCAGCUGGCCGCUACCAGUACCUGAGUGAGGUGCUGAGAUGGAGAGCACAGUCCAGUCCAGAUCACAUACUCUACACAACUGUCAAUGAGAGAGGACAAGCAUCCAAGACGCUCAAUUGCAGCCAGCUACUGAAGAGAGCUGAGCGUGUUGGAGCGUACAUAGCCGACAAGGCUAACCUGUCAUCAGGUGAUCAUGUAGUGCUUCUCUACCCAGCUGGCUUCGACCUGAUCAUCGCAUUCUACGCUUGCCUCUUGUACGGCUUCAUCCCAGUUGUUGUUCGGCCGCCAACAUCCAGCACCGGCGUCAGCAAUUUGCCAACAAUACGUAUGAUCGUCGAAGUGAGCAAAGCCGUUGCUGUUCUCACAAAUCACCCCAUUCACCGCUUCAUGCGUUCACGCGAGGCUACAGCCAUCGUUGAUCCCAAGGCUAUGCCACCUAUCCUGGAAACAGACGAUGUGUCACGCAAGAAGGUCCAAGCUGCGUAUCGGCCUCCGACUGCUGAGAUGCUGGCAUACUUAGAUUUCAGCGUGUCUACCACUGGUGUGCUGGCUGGCAUCAAGAUGUCACAUUCGUCUGCUACUAACCUGUGCCGUUCGCUGAAGCUGAGCUGUGAGCUGUAUCCUGGCCGUACGCUGGGUCUGUGUCUCGAUCCCUACACUGGUCUUGGCUUGGUUUUAUGGUGUAUGACGGGUGUCUAUUCGGGACAUCAUGCGGUAAUCAUCUCACCCACUGAUCUUGAAACCAAUCCAUCACUCUGGCUACAAGCCAUUAGCCAGCACAAGAUCCGCGACACAUUCUGCUCCUACUCUGUGAUUGAUACGUGUAUGAAAGAGCUGGGCACAGCGCCUGUGCUGGAACAGCUGCGUGACAAGCAAGGUGUGGACCUGAGCAGCCUGCGCAACUGCGUGGUAGUGGCGGAGGAACGUCCAAGAGCGGCGCUGACAACAGCUUUCUGUACGCUCUUCCAGCUGCUUGGGUUAUCACCCCGCUCCGUCAGCACAAGCUUUGGCUCGCGGGUCAAUGUUGGUGUGUGCACACAAGGAGCAUCGCAACCAGACCCAGGCAGUGCGUACGUGGAUGUCAGAGCCAUGCGAACAGAUCGUGUUGCUCUACUUGAGAGAGGCUCUCCAAACUCUCUCAGUCUGCUUGAAUGCGGCAAGAUCCUGCCGGGUGUGCGAGUGGUGGUUGUCAAUCCGGAAACGCGUGCCCCGUGCCUCCAGAAUGAGAUUGGUGAGCUAUGGGUGUCUAGCAGUCAUAAUGCUAGUGGUUACUUUGGUCUGCCCAGUGAUGUCAAUGACCAACUCACCACUGAGCAUUUCCGGGCUAAGCUGUCAGCAGGAGGGUCAGCGAGUGAAACCUUUGCCAGAUCUGGCUUCCUGGGCUUCAUCAGACAUCAUGAAGGCAGCAAUCGCUCAAGCUCAACCAAUCUCGGGGAGGUUGGUUUUGACUCGCUGUUCCUAGUCGGUGCCCUAGAUGAAGCCCUCUCCAUCCGUGGCUAUCGCUAUCAUCCCAUUGAUCUGGAAGCAACAGCAGUACGGUGUCACAAGUCCAUUGGCGAGUGUGCCGUCUUCACUUGGACCAAGCUACUUGUAGUGGUGGUGGAGCUGUCAGCACCUGAAACAGAGGCUCUCAACGUUGUGCCAGUUGUCACCAGUGCUGUUCUUGAAGAUCAUCAAGUCGUUGUCGGCAUUGUGGUGGUCGUCGACCCUGGCUCUAUUCCAAUGAACACAAGAGGUGAGAAGCAGCGAAUGCACCUCCGUGACCGCUUCCUUGCGGAUGAGCUAGAUCCUAUCUAUGUUGCUUACAACAUGUAACACGGGACUGAUGCAGCAUGUUGCAAUGCGGUGCUGCUCCACGGAGUGUACACACGGAGGCGGCGACCAAUGCACACAGUUCAUGGCAUCAUUGCUAGCUGAUUAAAACACUCCUACUUGAAUGUGUGCCACAUGACAACAGUAGCUACGGCGGGCUACCGUAUUGCUUUGACUGUAGUGCCUGUUGGCUGUACUGCAGCUUGCGGUCGGUAUCUUCGUUUCAUGCUGUACUGGCUGUCUGCUUUUGACGAUAUUGAAAACCUACUUUAUGUACUAGAGCUGUUACCAUAAUGUUUUCGGUUCACUGGUCUGCAGAUGUUAAAGUGCAGGUUGUACACUUUUUUGGAGCUGUGUUUAUUGUUUAAAAAAUAUUAGUCUUUCCGAACCUUCUCAUGGGGACUAUUCCAAACACGGCACAUUUCUUCAAGUCUUGCCUAUUGUUUAUCUUCCAAAUCGAUUCUCCCUCGGUACCAUGGUAUCAUAGUUCGAAUAGUCUCCCUACUGGCAUGGUACCAUAGUUGUUGCAUAUCACUACACAGUGUUUAGAUAAGACACAUGCAGGAUUUCUGUCUUGUGCCAGACUUUUUAGAGACAUCGCAUUUCAAGCUACCAAGUAUCUGCACCACUAUCCGUUUUCCUUUGCGCAGAACAGCAGCGCAUUCCUUGCCUGAAAGUCCUAUCCCUGCCCUCGGUUUAGUAAUUAGUAUGCUAGCCUAGUUUAGAACUUUAAUUUACUGUCAUUUAUUGACUACUUGGCUACGUCUACCUCAGUUUGCCUUUGAGGAUUGCAUCUGGUAUUUUUUAUCACUUAAAAAAAAUCACUUUAGCCAACGCCAUCA